CCAGGGCCACACAGCCUCUCCGCACCAGGACCACCUGCUCCACACAGAACCGCACAGAACCACAGAGCACCGGACAGCACUCAGCAUGGACGUGACCAUCCAGCACCCCUGGUUCAGACGCCCCUUCUUCCCCAGCUACUUCCCCGGCCGCAUCUACGACCAGUUCUUCGGAGAGCACAUUCCCGACGGAGACAUGUUCUCCCCCUUCUUCUCCAUGUUCUUCAACCGCCCCUUCUACAUGCGCAACUGGAUGGACAGCGGUUUCUCUGAGAUGCGUUCAGAUAAAGAUCGCUUUAUGAUCAACCUGGACGUGAAGCACUUCUCCCCCGAGGAGCUGACGGUGAAGGUGAACGACGACUACGUGGAGGUGCACGGCAGGCAUGAGGAACGACAGGACGAGCAUGGCUACGUGUCCAGAGAGUUCUUCCGCAAGUACAAGAUUCCAGCGGGCGUUGAUCCCGGAGCGUUCACCUCCUGCCUGUCCUCCGACGGGGUUCUCAGCAUCUCCGCCCCCCGGAGCCUGACGGACGUUCCAGAGCGGAACAUCCCCAUCACCUGUGAGGAGAAGGCCCCAGCGCAGAAGUAGUCUCCCCCCCCUCCAGAGCUGCCUGUCCGUCGCGGCAACGUCUGCGCUCUUACUUCCCACCCACACGUUGCUCAGCGUUCAGUGGAUACAGCCUAGAGAGCCAUGCCUUUAACCACAAAGCCUUUACGUCAGUAACAGUCACAUCUAAAAAAAAAAAAAGAUCUAUAAGCGUCUAUAACGAUAAAGUCUACAACUGUCUACUUUUUCUAUAUUUCUGUCCAACAGUACCACCCUGUGUGCACCUGAGUCAGCAGAACUAGAGCACACCGUGCUGUGUGUGCUAAGGUGUCAUCAGCAGUGAAUCACAGAGGCAAAAUGCACAGCAUGGGUGCAGAGAGAGAGAAAGAAAGAGAGAGAGAAAGA